AGCAACUACCACCCACUCGUUCUUUUAGCUCGUCGCACACACACCUAGAGGAUAUCUCCCACUCACGCUUCACUCUCCUUCUGGGACACGUCCACCGUCAAGCGUUCACACGGACUGUAGCAUCCUGUUCAACACCAACGUUCAAAUAAGCAUCAGACGAGAUGUUCCCCUUUAUCAGCAAGCUUCUCGACAACCUCAAUGACACUUGGUGCGACAGUAUCCUGGACAGCGGUGUCCUCCCGCAUGCUGUCCUUCGCGUGCUCAUCCGCAGGGAGCUGCGCCGUCGCCUCGAUGAGAUCACUCCUCCCUUUCCGGACAAGGUCAUCGCCACAGUGUCUGCCAAGGGCAAUCCCAGCCUGAAAGCCAAACUCGAAGAAAUGGCUUCGCCCAAGAUUGCUCUUCUCCCGGGCGUCCUUGCUCCCAUCUCGCGCUGGUCCGAGACUCUGGCGUACAAGAUGAACUUCUUCGAGACUGUUCGCCAUCAGCCCAUCGCUAUCGAGACGGACGCCGCAAACAGACAAAACUACGAGAUCGCCACAGGAAUCAUGGCGAACAUGCUUGGUCCCAGGAUCAAGUAUAGCUGCUCAUAUUACCCCACCGGCAAUGAGUCAUUGGGAGAGGCCGAGGAGAAGAUGCUUGAUCUCUACAUCGAGAGGCUGGGUUUGGAGGCUGGCAUGAGGUUCCUGGAUCUUGGAUGCGGUUGGGGAGCUGCCGUCUUGUACUUCGCCGAGAAGAUCCCAGGCAUGGAGGUCGUCGGCUUCUCCAAUUCGCGCACUCAGAAGGAGUACAUCGACGCUAGGGCAUACGAGUUGGGCCUGAUGAACCUUCGGAUCAUCACUGGAAAUUGUACCGACUAUGAAUUUGAACGCGACUAUUUCGACCGGGCGUUGUCCGUCGAGCUGUUCGAGCACAUGAAGAAUUACGAAGGUCUGAUGGCCAAGAUGUCGAGAGCCCUUCGUCCCGGUGGCCAGCUUCUCGUCCACCACUUCUGCCACCGUACGACGCCGUACCAUUACGAGGAUGGAUGGAUGGCACGCACCUUCUUCACUGGAGGAACCAUGCCCUCAUCAGAUCUCCUUCUGUACUUCCAGAAGGACCUGGUCAUCAAGAAGCACUGGUGGAUCAAUGGAUACCACUACUCGAAGUCUCUCGAGCAUUGGCUCGAGAACACCAUGGCCAGAAGGGAGAGGAUGAUGCCGCACCUGGUAAAGACAUACGGCGAGGAAAAGGCCGUCGUUUGGCAUAACCGUUGGCAGAUCUUCCACCUGGCCAGCUCGGAAAUGUUCAAGACGGACGGAGGCGACACGUGGGGGGUCACCCAUGCUUUGUUCGAAAAGCCAGAUAUGGAAAUGCAGGUGUUCGGCUUGCAAGCCGUUUGAAGCCAGAACUUGAGAGUGUGUAAAGGUCAACAUGGUCAGAAGUUCCCAUGAAUGAUUGGCGAAGGUUAGUUAGCAUGGCGUACAUAGAGAUCACACUUCAUAUCUUUCCCCUUUAUAUAGUUAUUUCAUUCAAGAUGCGCCUGACUGUUGUUCUGACGCGAUUUGCGGCCUGUCUUCAGACCU